AUGGCUAUUUCAAAGAAAACAAGAAACUAUAGAAAGAAAGUACAUGAAUCUGAUGAAGAAACAGCUAUAGAUAAUGGACAAAACAUAGAAUCUACAGAAGAUGUCAGUCAUACGAUUGAAGAACUACAGGAACUUCGACAACUUCGACGAAAACAUGGUGGUGUAGAUGCUGAAAAGUUACUCAAAGGUGAUAGCAAAAAGAAAACAAAACCAAAGAAACCAGUAGACGAUGGAUCUUGGAGUCUACAAAAAGGUGGAUUGGUGGACAAGGAUGCUUUUGCAGCAGGAAAAACGGCGGACGACGAAGAAGGAAAAGGCAAAAAAGUACGACUGGAUACAUUUACUUCACAAACAAAUAAAUUGGACGUGGAUAAACACAUGAUGAAAUACAUUGAAACAGAACUAAGGAAAAAGCGUGGAGGAGAUGCAAAUAUACCGGAUGAUGAAGAAGAAGAAUCAAAUGAACCUCAAGGGAUGAAAGAUAUUUAUGAAGAAUUAUAUCAUUUACCUGAUCAUUUAAAGUUUGCAUCGGAAGUGGUCAAGGAAGGAAAUGUACAACACUCAACACAAAUGCUGACUGCCAUACCAGAAGUCGAUUUAGGGAUAUCUGCUCAACUCAAGAAUAUUGAAAAUACAGAACGUGCAAAGAGAAAACUUAUGGAAGACAAAGAAACUAUACAACAAGGAAAAAAAAAAGAUAAUGAUUUCUUUUUAUUGAUACUGACAAUUAUUUCUUUCUUUUCUUUUUCAACUCCAAGGUCUGAUCGACGACAAUGGGCAACAGAUGAAGUUGUAGCUGAAAGAUUCAAGAAGAGGAUGAGAAAAUAG